AUGGACCUACAUGAAAUGCAGAACACGGUAGUGCGCCUUUUCAACGACGCAAACGCCCAGUUCCACAAGAUGCCCGGCUCGGCCAUCAUAUUGCGGUAUAUCAAGAGCAGCUACCAGGAUGACCCUGUGCGCAGCGCAAUCGAGCUGUUUUUGUUCCUGUUUGCGGUCCGGUACAUGUUGAGCCCUAGCUAUAGCACGCAGAAGAAGGUCAAGCUGACUGAGGAGGAGAUCGAUGAAUUGGUGGACGAAUGGACGCCGGAACCGCUUGUCGCUGCUACGACGCCAGCUGACGAAAUCGAGAAUGAAAAACGCGCAGUUCUUGUGGGUCCUACCGGGCCCAAAUCGAAACUCUCCAACGGCCGCACCGUAACGAACCUCGCAUCCUACAACUUCUACAAUUUCGUUGGGAACGAGACGCUCAAAGAGAAGGCGAUUCAGACGCUGCGUACCUACGGCGUGGGCCCAUGCGGCCCGCCUGGUUUCUACGGCACGCAGGACGUCCACAUGAAGACGGAGGCAGAUGUGGCAGCACACUUGGGCGUACCCGCGUGCAUUAUCUAUGCGCAAUCUUUCUCAACUAUUUCCAGCGUUAUUCCCUCGUUCUCGAAGCGAGGCGACAUCAUUGUUGCGGACAAGGCGGUCAAUUUCUCGACGCGGAAAGGCAUUCAGAUUAGCAGGAGUACGGUGCGGUGGUACGAGCAUAACGAUAUGGAGGACUUGGAGAGGGUCCUGCAAAAAGUCACCAAGGAGCAGGCGAAGAAGCCGCUUACAAGACGAUUCAUCAUCACGGAGGGCAUGUUUGAGAAUAUUGGAGAUGUCUCGGAUCUGCCCAAGCUCGUCGAACUCAAGCACAGGUACAAAUUCCGAUUGAUUCUAGACGAGACCUGGUCCUACGGUGUCCUCGGCAGGACUGGUCGCGGCCUCACAGAAGCACAGAAUGUGGACGCCAGGGAGAUUGACAUGAUAAUCGGCAACCUUUCUGGUCCUCUCUGUGCAGCAGGAGGUUUCUGUGCUGGUACGGAAGAAGUAGUGGAGCACCAACGCAUCUCGUCCGCAUCAUACACCUACUCUGCUGCCCUUCCUGCAUUGCUUUCGACAACCGCCAGCGAAACAAUAUCCAUGCUCCAGGAACAGCCCGAGCUGUUGACGGCGCUGCGGGAUAAUAUAAAAGCUAUGCGGGCUCAGCUAGAUCCCAGGAGCGACUGGGUCAGGUGUACAAGCGACGUGGAUAAUCCAAUCAUGAUCUUAACGCUGAAGCCAGAAGUCGUCGCAUCCAAGGGCUGGAGCACCAAAGACCAAACUCAGCUGUUGCAGGAUGCAGUCGACGAGUGUCUUGCGAACAGCGUCCUCGUCACAAGGCUCAAAGCCUACCCUCAGGGUCUUGGAGUCAAUCCGCGAGAUGAAGGCUGGCAGCCAACGCCUGCCAUCAAGGUCUGCGUGACUUCUGGUUUGACCAAGAAGGAGACGGAGAAGGCGGGCAUAACUAUUCGACAUGCGAUCACCAAGGUGGUGAAGAGCAACAAGUGGAGUAAAUGA